AUGGAACAAUUUGUUGAUUGGAUAUCAUUUGGCUUAAAGUUAACACGUUUAAAACAUUCUGCUAAUAAUUUAAAACUAUGGAUAAAUAAUUAUUUUGUAUUAUUUAAAAAUAGUUCUAGUUUACAAUCAUUGAAAUAUAUAUCAGAAUUUGUAUGUGGUUCACCAGCUGAUCAAAAUGAUUUAGGUCGAUUGUUUAUUGAACUCGAUCAGGCUGCCACUAUCAUUGAAGAAACUGAGUCGAGUCCAAUCAAUACUAUGCCUAUACUUGAUCAUUUAAUGUCACAAUUUAAUGAUCAUUUUGAUUUAUCGACUGCAGUCAAGCUGUUGACAGAAAAACCAUUACCACAUUUUAAUGCAUGUCCAAUAUUGAUACAUUUAUUAAAUUCAAAACCAUUUCUCAUCACAAUGGGUCGGUUACGUUAUUUUCUAUUUGGAAAUCUAGCCUAUUAUCCAUCGAAUCAAUUUACUGAUCAAAUAAUCUAUAAUAUGGGUGUUUAUACACGUUUAUUAGGCAAUUUUCGUGCAUUAAUCAUGUUAUAUUCCAAUGAAUUACGUCCAUGGUUAACAAAUCUAUUGAAUAAUCAAACAAAUCUACUUAAAAUAACAAAUCAAUUGAAAUAUUGUCAAGAGAAUAAAUUAGAUAUGAUUCCAAGUGAAAUUCAAGAAGUUUGUCAAUAUUUUUUGUAUGCACUAAAACAAGAUACAAUAGAAUAUAAAAGUAUACAUUUAACUUGGGAAUUAAUAUUACGUAUCUGUGAUUUGUUUAUAUCAAUACUCCGGGAAUUAUUAACUGAUUGUUUUCAAAUUGAUCAGAAAUUUAUUGCGUUUAAUAAACGUGAUGAAUUUGAUGAUUAUAUGUUAAAAAAUCAAAAUAAUCUAUUAUCAUCACCGAUUGGUUUGAUUUUUGAUCAAUUACCGAAUUAUUUCAAUGAAACCAUUGAUCAUCAUCAUCAUAAUCCAGAGAUGUUAUUAAAGAAAAUUACACAUUCACCUAAUAUUUUAGCUGUUACAUUACGUAAAAAUCCAUUGUAUAUAUAUGAAACUAAUAAUUAUGAAUCGACAACACAAUACACCAUCCCAAUGCCAUUACGUGAUCCACAAAAAGAUAUGAAAUAUUUCACUAGUGGUUUUAUUGAUGUACAAGAACAAUUAAGUCGUGCAUUUAUACAAACAACAUCAGAACAACUGAAUGCUACCAAUGUUUAUCAUCAAUUAUUCAAUGAUAUUGGCAUAGAAAUGAAAAUGUUUCCAACUGGACCAUAUUAUUUUGAUGCAAUCCUGAUGAAUAUAAUAUUUCUUUUACCACAAUUAAUGAUACUUAGUUGGGUAUUAUCAAUUAUAUUAACUGUAAAAUAUAUGAUUGAUGAAAAAGAUAAUCGUUUAGUUCAGUUUUUACGUACAUUCGGUAUAAAUUUGUCAAUGAAUUGGUUAGCAUGGAUUACUAUAUCAUUUAGUUUAAUGACUAUGUUAUCUAUAGUGAUUGUAUUAAUUUUAAAAUAUGGAAAAAUUAUUCCAUUGACUGAUUUGUCGUUAAUUUAUUUUAUUUUAUUAAAUUAUAUUAUAUCAUGCCUUUUCUAUUGUAUCUUAUUUACAUUAUUAUCGGUACGAUCAACCAUAGCAUCGAUUAUAGCUGGUAUCACAUAUUUUUUAUUGUUUAUACCUGCUGGAGUAUUAUUAAAAUAUGAUGAAUUACCAAGUGAUGUAACAUUGAUACCGUUUUGUUUUAUUCCACAAGUAAGUUAUUCAUUAAGUUGGAUAUUUAUCAAUCGUUUGGAAUUACAAGGUGUUGGUGCACAAUGGUCAAAUCUGUGGCAUACAUUUCAUUCACAUAGUAUUUUAUCAUUAGGUAGUUCAAUUAUAUUUCUAUGGAUUACAACUAUUCUAUUUGGUUUAGCAACAUUUUGUGGUAUACCAUCAUUAAUCAAAUGUUAUCAUUUAUUAAUGCAUAAACUGGAAUCAAAAAACAGAAAUAUUUUUAAUUAUUCUACAACAAUGAAAAAGAGAAAAAAACGUAAAAUUAGCAGUGGUAAUCAAUUAGACAUGAAUGUGAAUACAACAACAACAACAACACAUUUAUUAGAGAAUUCAUUUCAAUCAGAUCGACAGAAAUUAUUAAAUUCUAAUGUGAUCAUAUCAUCAGUGAAUAAUAAUCAUAAUAAUACUGAUCAGUCGCAACCGAUUACAAUACCACCAUCAGUGAUUGUUGAUAAUUUAUGUAAAAAAUAUCAGCUAUCUAAUCGUCCAGCUUUAUGUAAUGUAGAUAUGAAUUUUUAUGAAGAUCAAAUCACAGUGAUAUUAGGACGUAAUGGAGCGGGUAAAACUACUCUAUUGUCUAUUUUAGUUGGAAUACUUCAACCUACAUAUGGAAAAAUAAUAAUGCAUGGUCAAGUAAUGAAUCAACGUUUAGAUAUUUUAAGUAAAAUGUUAGGUUAUUGUCCACAAUAUGAUAUUUUAUAUGAUUCAUUAACAGUUACAGAACAUAUACAUUUAUUUGGUACAUUAAAAGGAAUGAGUCGUUUAAGUAUCAAUCAAAAAUUAGAUGAUUAUUUAUGUAAACUUGGUCUAGUUGAUAAACGAAAUGAACAAACUUGUCGGUUAUCUGGUGGUCAACGUAGAAAAUUAUCAUUAUUUUUAGCAUUUUUGGGCAAUUCUUCGGUAAUAUUACUUGAUGAACCAACUGCAUCGUUAGAUCCAUUUUCACGUAGAGCUGUUUGGGAUUUAUUGAAAACAUUACGUAAAGGACGUACAAUUAUUUUAAGUUCACAUCAUAUGUAUGAAAGUGAAUUGUUAGCUGAUCGAAUUUCAAUUAUUUCUGAAGGUAAAGUACUUUGUUCCGGUUCGAGUUUAUCAUUAAAAUCAUCUUAUGGUUCAGGAUAUCAUUUAUCAUUGGAAAUUGAUUCAUCGACAGUGAACAAUUCGUCGUCUUCUAAUGCCAAUAAGAAUGAUCAUUUUUCAGAAUUAUUACAAGCUAUCCAAAUUCAUAUUAGUAAUGCUCGUUUAUUACGUCAAAAUUUAAAUAAACUAACAAUUUAUUUACCAACUUGUGAUGUAUUAACUGGAAAAUUUACAAGUUUAUUUAAACAAUUAGAUGAACAGGAAUUUCAACAAUUACAUCAUAUAAAACAUUAUGAAAUUGCUGAUUCUUCACUGGAAGAAGUAUUUCUUUCAAUUACUGGUGAUGCACAAACAAUCACAACGAAUUCUACAAAUUAUGAAGAUAUAUCAGAUUAUGAUGAUGAUCAUGAUCAUCGUCAAUAUGGUCAUAUUGAAUUUAAUCAUAAAUCAAAUAAAGACACCAUUCAAUUUACACAUAAUAAUUAUUCAAAUCAACAGUCACGAAAGAAACCUUCACUGUUGAAUAUGAUCAAAGCUAUGUGUUAUAAACGUUAUAUCUACUUGAAACGUAAUAAAUUAUCAUGGAUUAUUGAAUUUAUAUUCCCCUGUUUAUUAAUUAUCACUGGAAUUGGUUUUUUAGAAUAUUUUAAACCAAAUGAUAUACAACCUAUCAUGGAUAUUAAUCAUUGGCUUAUGAAAAGUCGUCAUAUUGAUGAAUCAGUACAUUUCUACGCUAAUGAUAUGAAUCUACAAUCAAAUGAAAAACAAUCUUUUCAAUCUUAUACCAAAAUAUUCAAUGAUCCAUUAAGUUUAACUGGUGUUGGAUGUAUUUCACCUAAACUACAUUCUUUUCAACCACAAAUCAAUGCUAAUUGUUUAAUACAAAAAAAUGGACAUUUAAACAUAGAUAAAAGCUAUUAUGCAAAAAUUUGUAAAACAUAUUCAUCAAAAAAUCAAUUCCCUUGUUAUCCAUUAGCUACUGGUGAUAUACUAUUGAAUUUAAGUGAUACUGAUAUAUCUGAUUAUUUAUUAAGUAAUUCUAAACUUCUGUACAAUAUAAUGUUUGGUGGUAUUGAAUUAAAAACUGUGGAAAAAUCUGAAUUAAAUCAAAUGUUUUAUAAUUUAUUUUCAAAAUUAGGCAAUUAUUCAACAAUUUUACAAAAAUCCAAUAAUUGGCAACAAUUUCUUACAGAUUUACGUUUCAUUCUACCACCAUCCAAGUUAAUUCGUUUAUGGUAUGAUAAUCGUGGUUACAUAUCAUCAGUGGCUUAUUUAAAUCUAUUACAAAAUUUUCAAUAUCGUAUGGUAUUAUCCAUAGGAUUAAAUGAAUUAAGUAAACAAAAUAAAUUCAUCAUUGAUCAUAAUAAUGUAGUGUAUCCAACUAAUUCAGGCAUAAUUAUCACUAAUCAUCCAUUACCAUAUCCAGAUGCAUCAGAGUAUGCUAAAAACAGUGUAGAUAUUAAAGCUGACUUUUUAUUAUCUCUAUUUCUUAUUUUAGCCCUGUCAUUUAUUCCAGCUAGUUUUAUCAGUCUACCUGUUUAUGAACGUAAUAAUAAUUCAAAACAUUUACAAAAUUUAUCUGGUCUUCAACCUUUUAUCUAUUGGUCAAUAAAUUAUAUUCAUGAUUAUGCAACAUAUUUAAUCUCUUCAUCAUUAUGUAUAUUGAUUAUUGUAAUUUAUGGUAAUUCAGCUUAUAUUCAAUCAGAUGCAAUAUAUCCAUUUAUAUUAACUAUUUAUUUGUAUGGUUUAGCUAUGGUUUCAUUAAUUUAUUUGGCAAGUUUUCUAUUUAAAUCAUCCAGUACAGCAUUUGUAUUAAUGUGUGGUUUAAAUUUAGUCAUUGGUUCAGUGACUAUAUUUGUACGUUUCUUUUUGGAAAUGCUUACAUUUGAUAGUGUCAAUAUGAAAAAUACUGCUACUGCUACUAGUACUACAACAACUACAACAACAACAGCACAAAUUGUUAGUCUUUGGUUACAUCUGUCACCGCAUUAUUGUUUAAGUGGUAGUUUUUAUACAAUUGCAUUAAGAAAUUUUUUUCAUAAAAUUGGUAUACCCUAUAAAGCAAAUAAUUCAUUAUGGAAUUUGUUACAAAUUGAUAUGGGAUGUUUAUUGUUACAUUCAUUGAUAUUAUUUAUGAUGGUGUUAUUAUUGGAAAAACGAUUUUAUUUUAUACAAAUUAUAUAUUGGAAAAGAAAUCCAUUCAAAUGGAAUCGUUUGGCGAAAUCACAUAAUAAUAAUAUACAUUAUACAGAUUUGGAAUUAAAUUUACAAAAAAAGAACGAAGAACAUUUAUCUUUCAAGCCCCCAUAUGCAAUUGAAGCCAAAUCAGUGUGUAAACAUUAUUGGUCUCAAAAGAAACCAACAGUGGAAAAUUUAAGCCUAACUAUUCGAUCCGGUGAAUGUUAUGGUUUACUUGGUGUAAAUGGUGCUGGCAAAUCAACAACCUAUUCAAUGUUAACUGGUCAUUGUCCGCUGACACAUGGAUCAAUUUAUUUAAAUGGUUAUGAUAUAACAUUGAAUAAAGAGAAAGCAUGUGAGAGUAUUGGUUAUUGUCCACAACAAGAUGCAUUAUGUGAAUUUAUGACACCACGUGAAUUAUUGACAUUUUAUAGCUACUUAAGAGAUCAUCAUCAACAUCAACAUCAUCAUCAUCAUCAUCAUGAGAAAAAAUUCAAUCAUACUGAUUAUGUAAAUAAAAUGCUUGAAUUAAUUGGUUUACAAAAUUAUGCUGAUUAUUUAAUUACAAAUUUAUCCGGUGGUAAUAAACGUAAAUUAUCUACCGGCAUUGCAUUAAUCGGUAAUCCAACAUUGAUAUUUCUUGAUGAACCAUCCACUGGUAUGGAUCCACAAGGCAAAUAUUUAUUAUGGAAAAAUAUUCAACAUGCAUUAAAAUUAAAUUGUACCAUUUUGCUAAGUUCACAUUGUAUGGAAGAAUGUGAACUGUUAUGCAAUCAUAUUGGUUUGUUAAUACGUGGUAAAAUACGUUGUACUGGUAGUCCGCUAGAAUUGAAACAACGUUAUGGUUUAGGUUAUCAAGUGGAUUUAGAAUUUAGUACGAAUGUUUUACAAUUUACAGCAAAUACUACUAAUAAUAAUCAUAAUUUAGAAGCCUUAUUAAAUGACUAUUUACCAGGUUUUAAAUUACGUUAUCCUUUAUUAACUAGACAAGAAUAUCAUUUUGCUAAAACACAACCAUUAUGGAAAUUGUUUAAUGCAUUAGAAAAUUUAAAUAAAUAUCAUUUCAUUCAAAAUGUUUCUAUACGUCAAUCGACAUUAGAAGAUGUAUUCGUGAAUUUUAUUAGUAUGUAUGAACAGAAUCAAUUAUUGUGA